AAUACGAGUUCUCGACUUCUACACCAUGUGAGCAAAUCUCGAUUUAACAUUGUGUUUUAAUGUAAACUUAAAUCGCAAUAUAUUGAUUACUGAUUACAAUAUAUUAAACUGUGUAUUGUGUGUUAAACCAAUAUUAAAGUGAUAAAAUUUACGCUUGCCAACUUUUAAUACGCAUUUGAUCAGUACUUUAACGAUGUUGAAAUAUGUUGGCGAUUUGGUGUUGGUUCUUAGUGUGGCGUUUGGAGUCUGCACAGCGAAAAACAUUUCUACUUUGGAGGACGUGUUUAUAAAUCCAGUAACUUGUGAAUCAGCUUUCAGGAAUCAAGUUGAUCUCGAUGAGUUGAUGGGCCUGUGGCACACGGUAGAGAUCAUCCAGCACCGAGACGAGCAGAGGUUUCGCGGCGUGCAGACGACGGACACCUGCCCCAUGGUGCACUUGGCCAAGACUGGAAGCAGCGACCUCAAGAUGCUCUGGCACGAGCCGGCUGGCUACGUCGAGUACAGGUUCCGCAUCACGGACAUAAGCAACCCCGGCUUCUGGCUUUCCUGGGGGCCCCAGAACGGAUCAAUGUUGACCAAGCCCUACACGCAGUUCGCUGGGACAGUCCAAGUGAUGAAAGCUGUUCAGACUCACAUGGUGCUGACCUUUUGUUCGCCAAACCAAAGCCACUACAGCAUCAUCCUGGCUCGCUUCAACCAUCUGUCAAGCACGGAGAUACGGGGAGUCCGCAACCUACUGGGGCGGCGCGGCCUGCCGCAGACCGGAGUCAGAGAGACUUGCAAGGACUCCGCACCCCUGGCCGGGCCCACCACAGUCCUCGUCCUGCUCUCAGCACUCACCCUGGUGUUCUCCAGGAGUAACUGAACCCGAUCCUGACUUCAAGACGAAGACUAUGAUAAUCGUACAUAUCAAUGGUUUAAAUUACCAAUGGAACAUAUUUGCUAAGUCUUCCACUAGUUGUUUUUCCGAAAGCGAAUAUACCAAAGAGUAAUAAAAUUGUGAUACUCAUGUUAAGCACGUACAUAAGUUGACUAGCAAUCCUUUGAUGAUGUAUUUUAAUUACCAAUCCAAUCCUAGCUACUUCUGGAUUUUAUUAAUUUGCAUAAAUUAAAUGUCUGUGGAUUCUUAGUUUGUGAAUAACAUUUAAUUAAAUUCUAAAAGCUCGCGUGACAUAGUCUAAAACAGUAGUAUAAUAGGUUAGUCUUUUACUUUUUUUACUUAGGUUAGUCAAUAAUAAUUAGGAAUAGUAUUUUUGUAAAUAUUUUUUGUUAAAAAUAUAGUUAAUACAUUUACGAACAAACUGAAAAAAUAAUUGUGUAUUAUAAUGUAAGAGUUAUUUGUUCGUGCAAAUCCUGUUUAUGGUUGUUGUUUGAUAUUUAAUAUCGUAUUAUGUGUUGUUUUUAAUUUACAGAAAUGUAUCCUAUAUUCAGCCAUGAAAUGGAUUUAUUCUAAAUUAAUGAAACUUUUAAUUGUUAUAUCCAUUUUUUGUAUCUCUGCUACAACGUCUUUCAUGUUAAACGUAAUAAUUACAGGUACAAUGCACAAUCAGCUUCGCCACACAAAAUGCCACUUAUUUGCUUUCACGAAUUAUUUUAUUACACUCUCAGGUCUAACGUAGAAAUAUCACAAUGCAUCUUUCAUGCACUUUUAUACAUGUAUUGGAUAUGUUGUCCUUUCUAUCCUGUUCCUCAACGCAGUUGAUGAUUUUUCUCUUUCAUACACACUUACUAACAGUUUUAGUGAAACAUUGUAGUAAACAUUCCAUCAAAAUUAUAAAAAUCUAAACAGUUUAAAAGCACAAAGUUUAGGUAUUCAAAGGUUUAAUUAAGUGUAAUUAACGUUACACGUUUAAUAUAGUUGCAAUAUUAGACUUUAGUUACUUACGUGUGUUAACUUUUUAUUUAAAACUAACAUUGUGAUAAGGAAAUAAAAUAUAAAUAUUUUGAUUGAGUCAUACGUUAUCUUGUUUCUACGUUUGAUAUUUAUUAAUAGUGCAAUAAUCUCUUCGUUCGAAGACGAUUAAAAAAACUGUAUUUAUUCCUAUAUUAAAUUAAUCCUUUCACAUCACAUAACCAAAAAAGAAUAACAUAAAGCUUGGAUCUUUUUAAUUGUUUGUGCUUGUGUAGCAUAUUGUUUUAUUGUGUAAUUUUAGUCUUAUAUUGUAUAAAUUUUGUAGAUAGUUUUAUUAUUAUAACUAGAUUAGCAAUAGUAGUAAAAUCUUCUUUAAUUUAAGUAAAUGAAUAAUUAAGCUAAAUAAGUUACCUUAUAGCAAUCAACUUCUCUGUUUAAAAACCAUUUUAAGUUUCUAAUAAAUUUACUAGAAUCGUGAA